AGAGCUGAAGACUGAAACCAAGGGCCGGGAGGGCUUUUCCAGGAAACGAAAGCGAAAGAGGCGAGGUUACCCGCCCAGAGUUGGGGUGGGACCCGCAGUCCCCAGCGGACUAGCGGAGCGGAGGAUGGCGGCGCCCGGCUCCUUCCCGCUGAUUGUCGAGGGGUCGUGGGGCUCCGAUCCCCCGAAGAACCUGAGCACCAAGUUGCAGAUGUAUUUCCAGAGCCAGAAGAGAUCCGGAGGCGGAGAGUGCGAGGUCUGCCAGGAGCCAGGGAGCCAGUCACGCUUCCUGGUGCUCUUCUUCCCGAAGGACGUUCGGCAGAAUGUUCUGGAGAGAAAAAGUCAUGAGUUAGAAUGGCCAGGAAAAGGAACAUUCCAGCUAACUGUUCGGCUGCCCGCAGCCCAAGAUGUCCUUGAGGAGAAAAUCCCAACAAAGGAAUCCAAGGCCAAAGAGAAUGUCAAAGAACCAGACAUAUCGGAAGAACUGGAUACAAAACUUAAUCUCAAUAGAUCAGAAAAAAUGGAAGAUAUCCCCAAAGAACAUGAAGAUACUUCCUCUUUGGUAGCAUUUGAAAAUCUCCAGACAAAUGUGACGGAAAUGAUGUUGAUCAUGUUAGUAGAGAAUCUAAGUGGCCUGUCCAGUGAUGACUUCCGAAUAGAAAUAAUUCGUGACUGUGAUGUUGCUGUGGUUACCUUUACAAAACAUAUAGAUGCCAUGAAAUUUGUUGAGGACUGUGCCAAGCACCGCAGAGUUCAACAACUUCAGCUUUCUCCCAGACUUCUGGAAGUGACCAAAACAAUCAGGGUUGAAAACCUGCCACCUGGUGUCGAUGACUACAAUUUAAAGCUUUUCUUCGAAAAUCCUUAUCAUGGAGGAGGGAGAGUUGCCCAUGUUGAAUGCUUUCCUGAAGAGAGCUCAGCUCUGAUUGAAUUUGCUGACAGUAAAGUGUUAGAUACGAUCGUGACCAAGAAACUUCACUUCAAUAAAAUGCCACUGUCCGUGUUCCCAUACUAUGCCUCCUUGGGCACAGCUUUGUACGGAGAGGAGAAGCCUCUGGUCAAGCUUCCAGCACCAUUUGGAGAAUCACUGGAUCCUCCACUAUGGCAGUUUUUUCAGAAAAAGACUCACCUGAUUGAGGAAAUAGAUGAGGAAAUGAGCCGUUGUCACUGUGAGCUCACAUGGUCCCAAGUCAAUGGUAAAGUUACCAUCAGGCCUGCGGCUACCUUAGUCAAUCAAGGAAGACAAAGAAUCAGGACCUGGCAGGAAGACGCUUCCAAUGUACUCUCUGGCAUCAAGUCUAAAUAUAAAGUUACCUCAUUUAACAUAAAUUCAAUAAUAUGGGACACUAUUAAAAAUGACUUCACAGAGGAUAGGAUUUUGAUUGAGUUUGAUAAACUUAAGGAGGUUAUAACCUUAGCAGGGAAAUCAGAGGACGUCCAAACCAUUGAGCUACAGAUGAAGGAAUUAAUUGUAACUACCACUGAAAAAAUUAGAAGAGAAGAGCAAAGUCUGAGGGAAACCUUGGCUGUUUCUUCAGGAAGGUAUUUUCUUUUGUGCCACAGCGAUGUACUGGGACGUCUACGCUCCGAGUGCCCAGACAUGGAGAUUUGUUAUGAUGAAGCCGCUCAACGCAUGUGCUUUAAAGGACUCCGUGCAGAUGUGUAUAAAGUUAAGUGUGAAAUCCAGGAAAAGGUGCAUGCCAUGGUUCAGAAAAACAUUCAGGUUUCUCCUGAGAUUUUCCAGUUUUUGCAAAAGGUAGACUGUGAAGAAUUCUCUAAGUCUUUUUUUGUGGCACAGAAAAUUCUUGCAAUUUACGAGCUAGUGGGUGCCACUGCUCUUGUAACCAGCUGUUCUCCCCAAGUCCUGUUAGAAGCUGAAAAGCAAAUGCUUAAUGCCUUAAAGUAUAAGCGCCUCGCACUUGAGGACAAGGAAGUCCUUGAUGGCAAGAAGUGGAAAGGAUUCGCUCAGAGUUUGCAUAAGAAAUAUAAUUCCUCCUCAGACACUGUCGUGAUCAGUGAGUUCACUUCAGCAACCGCAGCUGAGGUCAUCAUUGCAGGCCUCCUGAAGGAAGUGGAUGAAACCUAUACCUCGGUUUUUGACUUCAUGGAAAAACACAUGAAAAUAGAGAGGUUGGUUGAAGUAAAGCCCUCCUUAGUUAUUGACUAUUUAAAGUCAGAAAAGAAGUUCUGGCCCAAAGGAAAAAACACAAAUGUGCAGGUCAUUUUCAAUACUGAGAACAAACCCAAAGGCAUUUUACUAGUUGGCCCAAAGAUUGAAGUGUUGAAAGGAGUGGACAUUGUCAAGCAAGCCUGGGAGUCGGUCUACGUUAAAAGCGUCCAUGUUGAUAAGCCAGGAGCCAGGGAAUUCUUCCAGGACAAAGCGCGCUAUUACAAAGGUGAGGUCCGACGGAUGUUUGGUUGUUUCAUCGAACUGCAGGAGAGUGAAGACAAGGAAGGCGGCAGCAGUGGGCAGAGGUGCUUGUCUCGGGCAGACUUGGCCCCUGGAGUCACGCUGCUGGUGCAGCAGGGUGACUUGACGCACUUCCCCGUCGAAGUGGUGGUGAAUACAGCAAAUGAGGACCUCAAGCACAGUGGUGGCCUUGCCGCUGCUCUCUCGAAAGCAGCUGGCCCUGAGCUGCAAGCACACUGUGACCAGAUAGUGAAGAAAAAGGGCAAGGUCUUCCCUGGCAGUGCCACCAUCUCCAAAGCUGGAAAGCUGCCAUACCUCCACGUGAUCCACGCAGUCGGGCCCCAGUGGAAGGCCGGGGAGGCUGAGCGGUGUGCGUUCCUGUUAAGGAAAGCUGUGGAACAGAUUCUCCAGUUAGCCAAAGAACACAAAGUCCGGUCCAUAGCCAUCCCAGCUAUCAGCUCCGGAGUCUUUGGCUUUCCCUUACAGGAGUGUGCGAAGACCAUCGUUUUGACCAUUAAGGAAAACUUCCAGUAUAGCCAGGAUGGCUGCACCUUGAAGGAGAUCUACCUUGUGGAUGCAUCCGAGAAGUCUGCUGAGGCCUUUGCUGAAGCUGUGAAAGCUCUGUUUACAGAUAAACUUCCUAAACCAGCUUUACUUCCUAAACCAGCUUUCCUGUCCAGCUUGUCAGCAGCAGCAGCAGCAGCAGCAGCAGUCCAACCUGAGGCCAUCUCCCAGGAGCAGUCCACCCUGGUGUCCCCGGGGGGCCUGCGGCUCCUGCUGGUGAGAGCAGGUGUGCAGCACACCAAGGCUGAUGUUGUCGUCAACUCCAUUCCUUCGGAUCUUGUGCUUAAUAAUGGGCCCCUUUCUCGGGCCAUUUUGGAAAAAGCUGGGCCAAAGCUCCAGGAGGAAUUGAACACAGUUGGACAAGGGGUAGCUGCCAGUGUGGGCACAAUUCUCCAAACUAGUGGGUGCAAUCUGGCCUGCCAACGUGUGCUUCAUGUGGUGGCUCCAGAGUGGAAAAAUGGCAGCACAUCUUCGCAAAAGGUCAUGGAAGACAUAAUCAGCCAAUGUUUGGAGAUCACCGAGAGCUUGUCCUUCAAAUCAAUUGCAUUUCCGGCAAUAGGAACAGGAAAUUUGAGAUUUCCUAAAACCGUAUUUGCUGAAUUGAUCAUUUCAGAAGUGUUCAAGUUUAGUAGCAAGAAUCAACUGACAGCUUUGCAAGAGGUUUUCUUUAUGCUGCACCCGAGUGAUUAUGAAAAUAUUCAGGCAUUUUCGGAUGAAUUUGCCAGAAGGGCUAAUAACAAGGUCGUUAAUGACAAAACUCCCAAGGCUGAAGGUACACAAGAUUUUUAUGGGGCUGUUUCUAGCCCUAAUUUGGGAGUGCAUGAAAUGAAGAUUGGUCCCAUCACCUUCCAGGUGGCCUCUGGAGAUAUCACCAAAGAAGCAGCAGAUGUGAUUGUAAAUUCAACAUCAAAGUCUUUUACUCUCAAAGCAGGAGUCUCCAAAGCAAUUUUAGAAAAUGCUGGACAAAAUGUGGAAGCGGAGUGUUCUAGACUAGCUCAACAGGGCAAACAUGACUACAUAAUUACUGAAGGUGGAUUAUUGAGGUGCAAGAAAAUCAUUCAUGUUGUUGGUGGAAAUGACGUCAAGUUGUCGGUUUCCUGUGUUUUGCGAGAGUGUGAGAAACAGAAUUACUCCUCAGUUUGCUUCCCAGCCAUUGGGACAGGAAGUGCCCAGAAAGACUCAGAUAAGGUUGCUGAAGACAUGAUUGAUGCCAUUGAAGAUUUUAUCCAGAAAGGGCAAGUCCAAUCUGUGAAAAAAGUUAAAGUUGUUAUCUUUCAGCCUCAGAUAUUGGAUGUGUUUUAUGCCAACAUGAAAAAACGAGAAGGGACUCAGGUUUCUCCACAACCAUCUAUGAUGUCUAAAGUAGCAUCCUUUUUUGGCUUUCAAAAGCAGCCCCCCCCAAAAAAGAAUCCUUUGGUUUUGGAAAAGAAAACAGAAAGAGCCAUAUUCCAAGUGUGUGGUGAAAAUGUAAAAUCUGUGGAAAAUACUAUCUCCUGGAUCCAGGAACUGAUUAAAAAGGAACAGUUGCCUUACACCAGUGUCGAUGAGUGUAUCAAAUACUUUGAUGAGAAGGAAUAUCAGGAAUUGAAUGACCUGCAGAAGAAGUUAAAUAUUACCAUUUCCCUGAACGUCACGAAACCUUUGAUUGAGGUUUGGGGAAUUAGCAGAGAUGUGAUGAAAGCAAGAGAUGAAAUUGAGGAAAUGAUCAAGAGAGUUAGAUUGGCCAAAGAACAAGAAUCCCGGGCGGACUAUAUCUAUGAAUUUAUAGAAUGGCAAUAUAAUGUUAAUAACACUUUUCAUAGUUUUGACAAAGUAACCAAUCUGCUAUUGGAAGAUGCAAAGAGAACAAAGAAAGAGACAGUUGGUGUCAAAAUUAAUAAUCGGAGCUACACAGUGGACUUGAAAACACAUACUGCUACAGACACAAGAGGAGAUAGUUUACCUCUUCAGCGCCUCACAAAAUUAGAAGUCGACCUCCCUUCGCACUGGACUGACAUGCAGCAGCAGGACCUCUGUGUGGUUCAGCUACAGCCUAGUCAUCCGGAAUACAACAAUGUGGCAAGCAAGUUCAACCAGACCUGCUCAAACUUCCACAUAGAGAAGAUUGAGAGGAUCCAGAAUCCACAUCUCUGGAGUAAAUAUCAGACCAUGAAAAAAACAAUGGAUGCCAAAAAUGGCCAGACAAUGAAUGAGAAACUCCUCUUUCAUGGGACAGAUGCAGACUCACUACCAAAAGUCAAUGGACGUGGCUUCAACCGCAGUUACGCUGGGAAGAAUGCCACGGCAUAUGGACAAGGGACCUAUUUUGCUGUUCAUGCCAGUUAUUCUGCCAACGAUACAUACUCCAGGCCAGAUAGCAAUGGGAAAAAGCACAUGUAUUACGUGCGCGUACUGACUGGAAUCUACACGGUUGGGAAUCACUCAUUAAUUGUUCCUCCUUCAAAGAACCCUCAAAAUGUUACUGACUUAUAUGACACUGUCACAGAUAAUAUGCAAAAUCCACAGUUAUUUGUGGUAUUUUAUGACUACCAAGCAUACCCAGAGUACCUCAUUACUUUCAGAAGAUAACAUUUUGAUAUCUUUCCCAAAAGACAUUGUUCAUCUAUACAUAUCCGUGUAAAUGAGUCUUAGCUUUUUUUCCUGUAUUAACAACAUUUUCUAAGACUAAAGGAUUUUUCUGUGUCACUGAAACUCAGAGACUUUUCAGCUUCUCUUUCAUAAUAUCAUAAGCAAAUAAAUUUUAAAUUUGAACUCA